UUCAAGGUCAUAUUUAUUUAUUUAAAUAAUUUAUAUGAUUGCCUAUCUCACAACUGUGGGUCUGGACUGCAUACAAACAAAGGUUGUGUUUAAACAACAAUACAAUAACCAAUGAUGUCCAAAUAUAUCAUACAUUAUAUCCCAGUCAUAAAAAUCACACUAACAACACAGCUGGCUUAACUUCUUGGCCCUAAUUCCUGGGGAAUUAGUAUGAUUCAAGUUCCAAACCAGCUAUAUAUAAAUGACAACUGAUGACAUCUAAUUGGUAUGAAUGGAUGCAGCAUGUAUGAGAUAUAUGUACAUAGAUACUAUAUCUGGAUAUAUAUCUAUUAUUCUUCUCAGUGGAAUUAAAAAAUUGACAAAAGGACCAUGUAAUCCAAUCCUAUACAAGUUUACUUGUGUAAUAAAACUUAUCCCUAAUAUCUAUCUGUGUGAUUGCUAAGAAUUGAAAGUGACUUGAUCAAUCAAUCAAUCAAUCCCCAAUAAAUGAAUUUACGAUUGCAACCUGUAAUAUUUAUGUCUCAAUCUGUGCAGUAUGCUAAACCAAUCAUGGCCAAUGCAGCACUCAGUAAUGCCAGAGUACCCAUGGUGCUUCAGAUCAUGUACAAAUAUCUCCAAAUUAUUCUUAAAUUUUAUUUUAAAUGGCAAAAUUAUUGUAAGAUUGCUAACCUUGCAAGAUACUGUUGAAAACACUUAGGAAUUGUGAGAUCUUAGGGAUGAUAUUUCAGGCAAGUUCUUUAAAAACAAAAUGGGGGCAAAGCUGUAUCGAAAUAGUGUCUAGUAUCUGAAAAGCUUGCCAACUCUGCAUUAAGCUACAAUAGUGAAAACACCAUGAUUUAUCUGGCUCAAUAUAUAAUCAGCCCCUAAAAGGAACCCAGUUUAAACAAACUAUAUUAAGAACGCAGAUCUCCCCUCCAUAAUUCAUCCUCAGCUUGAAUAUAACGUUUAUAGUCAAAGAGAAAAAUAGGCUCUAUUUCAGAUCUUCUCGUGAAAAUUAGAAUAAUAUUCAAGUCAGGAGUUCACCACAUUAGGCUUAUGCCAAAGGUUAAAUCAGUGGCCAGUUAUUAAUUAAAUUUAUUUGUUACAAAUUCAACUGAGAAUCUCGAGAAUUAGUCGACCAGUGAAAUACUGUGGACAUAAUAUAGUUAGACUUCAGCAAGGCAUUCAACAAAAUAGACCACGACCUACUUCUUCCUAAGCUAGAAAAAAGUGGGAUAGAUAGUUUCACCACCAGAUGGAUUCACAACUGGCUGACAAACCGUACUCAACGAGUAGUCCUUAAUGGGUCUAAGUCUACAUGGAGAGAAGUAAGCAGUGGGGUGCCACAAGGUUCCAUCUAAGGCCUAGUACUCUUCAAUAUCUUCAUAAAUGAGUUAGAUGAGGGAAUAGAAGGGGAACUUAUCAAAUUUGCUGAUGAUACUAAGCUGGCAGGAAUAGCUAACACCCUAGAAGAUAGGCUCAAGAUCCAGAUUGAUCUUGACAGACUUGAACACUGGGCCCUACCUAACAAAAUGAAAUUCAAUGUAGAGAAAAGUAAAGUCCUACACUUAGGUAAGAAAAACCAGAAGUAGAUAUAUAAACUGGGUGAAACCAGGCUUAAUAGCAGUGAUUGUGAGAGGGAGCUUGGAGUCUUAGUGGACAACCAGCUAAAUAUGAGCCAGCAGUGUGCAGUGGCAGCCUAAAAAGCCAAUGCAAUCCUAAAUUGCAUUAAUAGAGGGAUACAAUCAAGAUCAAGUGAGGUACUAAUACCACUCUAUAAAGCCCUAGUAAGACCACACCUAGAGUAUUGCAUCCAGUUUUGGUCACCACACUAUUAAAAAGAUGUUGAGACUCUAGAAAGAGUACAGAGAAGAGCAACCAAAGGGGGAUUGGAGGCUAAAACAUACAAUGACCAGUUGCAGGAACUGGACAUGACUAGUCUAGUGAAGAGAAGGACAUGGGAGACAUGAUAGCAGUGUUCCAAUAUCUGAGGGGCUGCCACAGAGAGGAGGGGGUCAAGCCAUUUUCCAAAGCACCUGAAGGCCAGACAAGAAAUUAAUGGAUGGAAACUGACCAAGGAGAGAUUCAGCCUAGAAAUAAGGAGAAAUUUUCUGACAGUGAGAACAAUCAACCAGUGGAUCAGUUUGCCUUUGGAAGUUGUGGGAGCUUCAUCACUUGAGACUUUCAAGAAAAGAUUUGACUGCCAUUUGUCAGAAAUGGUCCUGCUUGAGCAGGGGGGUUGGACUGGAAGACCUAUAAGGUCCGUUCCAACUCUGUUAACCUGUAAUCUGAAUUACAAUUUUUCACCAAACCAAAGAAAAGGCACUGCCAGGAAUAUAGGUAGAAGAAAUGCAAAGUAUUAUUUUUAUGCUGGUUCAAACAAGACUAAGUCAACAGCAGCCAUUUUUGGUUGCUCUUUUAAUCCUAUCACCCUGCCUUCCUCAGAGAAUUUUAUGAGAACCCUAGAAUGCUUUUUUCCCCUUUAUUUGUUAUCCUCUCAUUAUUUUUUCCUUCUUCCGUCAGUUUUCCAUCCCGCAGUCUCUCAAGACCUAGCUUUAUCCCAGGGAACUGAACAGAAUGGCCAAAAGAGUAGCCAUCAUUGGAGCUGGGGCGAGUGGCCUUACGGCCAUUAAAUGCUGUCUGGAUGAGGGUCUUCAGCCAACAUGUUUUGAGAGAAGUGAGGAUAUAGGGGGGUUAUGGAGAUUUCAGGAACAUGUCACUGAAGGCCACAGCAGCAUUUACAAAUCAUUGACUACGAAUAGUUCAAAGGAGUUUAUGAGUUUUAGUGACUUUCCUAUUCCUGAGGAAUACCCAAACUUCAUGCAUCAUACUAAAGUGAUGGAGUACCUUAGGAUGUAUGCAAAGCAGUUUGAUUUGAUUAAGUACAUACAUUUCAAGGCUCAAGUCUGUCAUUUAAGGAAACACACAGAUUUCCCCAUCACUGGACAGUGGGAAAUUGUAACAGAAAUGAACGGGAAGCAGGAAUCAGCUGUCUUUGAUGCUGUUCUACUUUGCACAGGCCUCCAUGUACAACCUUAUUUCCCUCUGGAUUCAUUUCUAGAUGUUGAGAAAUUUAAGGGGGAAAUUAUUCACAGUUCGGCAUAUAAGAAUUCUGAAAAAUACCAGGACCAACAAAUCCUUAUCAUAGGCUUGGGAAGUUCUGGACUAGAAAUUGCUGUUGACCUCAGCCGUAUCACAAAGCAGGUCUUUCUGAGCACCAGAACUGGUGCUUGGGUGAUCAACCGAGUCUCUGAUGGUGGGUAUCCUUUUGAUGUAGUGUAUUUUACACGUUUCAAAAAUCUCCUUUUCCAUAAACUUCCUGUGGCGCUGAUAAACCAAUGGAAAGAGAAGAAGCUGAAUAUGAAAUUUAACCAUGAGAACUAUGGUGUAAAGCCCCAGCAUAGGUUCCUAAAUAAGAGCCCAAUUAUGGGCGAUGAUCUACCAAAUGCUAUAAUUGCUGGCAGGGUGCUAAUGAAACCAAAUGUGAAGAAGUUCACUGAAAGGGGUGUGAUCUUUGAAGAUGGCAGCACAGAAGAAAAUAUUGAUGUGGUAAUUUUUGCUACAGGAUACAACUUCUCCUUUCCCUACAUUCAGGACGCUAUCCUCAGGACCCAAACAAAUAAACUCUCUCUCUAUAAAUAUGUUUUCCCACCACACUUGGAAAAGCACACAUUAGCUGUGAUUGGCUUGAUCAAACCUAUAGGAGCCAUUAUGCCUGUAUCUGAGCUCCAAGUUCGCUGGGCCACAAGAAUCUUCAAGGGCCUGAACAAGUUACCAUCAAAUAAUGACAUGAUGACUGACAUUGUUAAGAAGACCCAAUACAAUGAAAAAAGGUAUACAGGAAGCCACAUCAAUUCCUUAGUAGUGCAGUAUAUUGAUUACAUGGAUGAACUGGCUUCCAUAUUAGGAGUGAAGCCCAAGGUGCUGAGUCUUCUUCUGAUUGAUCCAAAGCUGGCCUGGGAAGUAUAUUUUGGACCUUGUUCAGCUACUCAGUUCCGUCUGACCGGUCCUGGGAAGUGGGAAGGAGCCAGAAACACCAUCUUGACCCAGAGAGAAAGGAUUAUCAAGCCUACAAAGACACGACUGCUGCAGUCUUCUAGCAACACAAAAGUAACUCUGGUUCCUUCUUUCUUCAUUAAAGCAUUCAUCUGUUUGGGACUUCUCACUAUUGUCUUAACUUAUCUCUAAUUUGAACUUGCAGCAGUCUUAAAACUGUUUCUUCUCCUGUAAAUGAACUUGUUUUGAGUGGUAUUUUCCCUACAUGGUAGAAGAAUUGCAAACAGUAUAUAUCUAUGAUCUGAAAGUUUCCUUGUUUUCUACUUCUUGUAUCUGAUGCAUAUUAAUGGCAAGCCAGGACAUUAUCCCUGAUAAAUGUGAUUUGGCUUACAAGCUGAGUAUACUUUAGAGCAGGGCUCAUCAAUCUUUCAGACCUCAGGGACCACUAAAUUCAUAAUUUUAAAUCCCGAGGACCACUAAUAUGAUUUUUUAAAAAAGAUAAAUGGUAUUUAGUGCAAUAUAAAAAAUGCAUUUAAUUUUUCUGUGGACCACCAAAAUUUUCUCGCAGACCACCAGUGGUCCACGGACCACUGGUUGGUGACCACUGAUCUAGAAUAUAUCUGCAUAUAGGGCAGAUUUUGGCUAUUUCAACCUGAAAUUCCAAUUACCAAUAUUUAUGCUGAAUAUCUUUUGUAGGUUACAUUAUUCUAAUAUUUCAAUAAUGGCUCUUUAAAAAUUGGAACAUAAUUGAAUAUAAAGAAUUUCCUCAUUUGUUUCAUGUUUUACACCCUAUACCUCUGCUUCAUUAAUAUCUUUACAACUUGUACUUUUUCUAAUAACUAAUGUCUUAUAUAUGAAAUAUGUACUUUUACACCACUGUCCUUUGUCUCUGUAGUUCUCUAAACUCUAAUUCAGUGGAAUUAGAAAUUGCUGAAUUUCAGGAAAAAAAUUGAAUUUCAGGCAAUAAUAGAUUUCAGCCCAAACAAUUACUACAAAAAAAGUCUACAUUUGAUAACUCUGUCUAGAAAAUAUUUAUACAUUUUACUGUACAUAGAAUCUUCAUGUCGUGUCCCACUCCUCCGCUGACGGCCGGGUCAGGGAAAUCCGAAUCAGGCUUGCCUCUGCAGCUCUGCCCAAAGUCCUAGCAAAGUCCUCAGAGCAGGCAGGAGACCAGAAAGUGACUUCAGCAAGAUAAGUUCGACUUUGCCUGACUCAGAGACUGCCAGAAAGCAGAUCCUUUAUAUAGGCCAUGGGGUGUGGCUCCAUGACUCAGCACUCAUUAAGGCCUGCCCCUCCCUUCCUUCUGUUGC